CGUUCUCGCAAGCAAACAUUUGGCACAUGUCAAGGGACAGAACUACAAGUUCCCCCUCCCUUUUGGUCACUUUAGGAAGAAACGAAGAUUAACUAUCAUGCUGAAGGUGUGUAUUUCUUCUUUUUCUGGUGCUGACAGUCACAGGAGCGGUGGAAUCUCGCAAGGACAAAAUAAAGCGCACCCUACAGCUUGGUCUGAAGACUAAAAGACAAGCAAGAAUCUGUGGUGAGAACCAGUUUAUGUGCACUUCCGGUGAGUGCAUCCUAGCGGAGUGGACGUGCGACACUCAAGCCGACUGUGGACGGGUCCGAUGAAUCAGAUUGCAAGUGCAUUUGCAGGGGAGAGCACAAGUUUCAAUGCCCCAACGGUAGGUGCGUGCCCUCGUCUUUCAUCUGUGAUAAUAUGGACGACUGCGGCGAUAAUAGCGACGAAGCAGACUGCCACUUGACCACCUGUAGACCCGGCCAGGUGCAGUGCGACAAUUUUAAAUGCAUUCCGGAGCAAUGGCUGUGCGACUUUUUUGACGACUGUGGCACUGGCUGGGACGAGAGAAACUGCGACUAUGGAGCAUGCAGAUGGUGGCAAGUCAAGUGCGACAACUCUGUGUGCAUUGACGAACAUUGGGUGUGUGACGGGGUAGAUGACUGCGGUACCGGGUGGGACGAGAGCAACUGCGGGACAUGCAGAGGGGACCACAUCCUCUGUACCAACUCGACCCAUUGCAUUCCCUCUAACUGGUGGUGCGAUGGCUGGCCUAACUGUGCCGACGGAAGUGACGAGCAGAACUGUGAGUGCAACACUACCACCCACUUCCUGUGCACCAACGGCCAGUGUGUGCCCGAGUAUUUUAGGUGCGAUGACAACAUCGACUGUAACGACGCAUCCGACGAAACUGGUUGUCCUCCUCUGCAUCCAAGUGUCUGCAGGGACCGAAUGACAAUCCACGGGUGUUGGUUGAUGAACGACACAUCGACCCCCGUCUGCCUCGACGACGACCUGGGCUUCAAGUACUGUCGCAAGUUCUGUGACCUUUGCUCCCCUGAUGAAUGAGAGACUUUCAGGGUAAAACAGGUGGAUAGCCUCAUUCUACACUUUCCUAAAAUCAUCGUCCCUUCGCGAACGACCAUGAAUGGCAUUGAAAAUGUAAAAGGUUGGAAUUCUGCGAGGAGCUUAUUUCGGACUAACAAUUCCUUGCUUUUGUUCUCCAUGAAUUUUUCAUGCUUCAGAUGAUCUGAUGAAUCUUCUUUCUGGUAAUUUAUCUGAUUUAUUAUAAAGAAAAUUAUUUUGGCUUCCAAAAAGAAGAUUAAAUUUUGCUUAACUACGGAA